CCCAGGGGCGAGGCCCCGCGGCUGCUCCCGGUGAGCGGCGCCGCCCCUCAGCCCCCGCCUCAGCCCCGCGGACUUGCGCGCUCGGCGGCGGCGGCCGUGGAGCCCGGCGUUGCAUCGUCUUUGUGCAUCAAUGAAGAGUCCAAGUAUGGCUUUGUUCAAGCAACAGAAGGUGGAGGACGUUUACGAGAUUGGGGAAGAACUAGGAAGUGGCCAAUUUGCUAUUGUGAAGAAAUGUAGAGAAAUAAGCACCGGUUUGGAGUAUGCUGCUAAGUUCAUUAAAAAGCGUCAGAGUCGGGCCAGCCGUCGUGGGGUGAGGCGUGAGGAAAUAGAACGGGAGGUGGACAUUCUGCAGCAGACCCUACAUGCCAACAUCAUCAAGCUUCACGACAUCUAUGAGAACAAGACGGAUGUGGUUCUCAUCCUUGAGCUGGUGUCUGGAGGAGAACUUUUUGACUUCCUGGCACAGAAGGAAUCUUUGAGUGAGGAGGAAGCAACCAGAUUCAUCAAGCAGAUUUUGGAUGGUGUGAAUUACCUUCACUCUAAGAAAAUUGCUCACUUUGAUUUAAAGCCUGAAAACAUUAUGCUUCUCGACAAGAAUAUUCCUAUUCCACACAUCAAACUCAUUGAUUUUGGCCUGGCUCACAAAAUAGAAGAUGGAGUUGAAUUUAAAAACAUUUUUGGAACUCCAGAAUUUGUAGCUCCAGAAAUAGUGAACUAUGAACCACUGGGGCUGGCUGCAGAUAUGUGGAGCAUAGGAGUCAUCACCUACAUACUGCUUAGUGGUGCAUCACCUUUCCUUGGAGAAACUAAACAAGAAACGCUCGCUAACAUCACAGCUGUGAAUUAUGAAUUCGACGAAGAGUUUUUCAGCAAUACCAGUGACCUGGCAAAAGAUUUUAUUCGGAAACUCCUGGUGAAAGAUACACGGAAACGUCUUACAAUUCAGGAAGCUCUGUCUCAUCCGUGGAUAACGCCAUUGGACAAGCAGCAAGCUUUGGUACGGCGAGAAUCUGUUGUUAACAUGGAAAGCUUCAAAAGGCAGUAUGCCAGAAGGCGGUGGAAGCUUUCUUACAGCAUUGUCUCCUUAUGCAACCACUUAUCUCGUUCUCUGGUGAAAAAGGUUCUAAUUCAGGAUGAAUGUUUGAGAAACUGUGAAAGUGAAAGUGACAGCGAGGAUCUUCUGCAGAGAGAAGCUGCUCAUCAGAGGAAAAGCAGUAUAUCCUAGUGCAAUGAGAAUUCUACAGGCAAGAAACAGAGUAAACUUUCAUCCAUUCUGAAAAAAGCAGCUCUGACAGCAGCCCUUGCCUCACCGUCUGGAUCCUUGGAAUGAUGCUUCUUACUUCUGAAAUGACACCGACAGCUGGAUAAUGUUAUUCAUUGUCUUCUGAGCAUUUUAGAAAAUUGAUGAUCCAGAUUUCCAGGGAAGUGCCACAGCACAGGCUCUACUGGAGUGCUUUUAUAUUUUGAGCUUUCUGUUGAUAUUUCAGUCUUUCUGAUAUCAACUUUACUCAGGAUGCGGGCUUUCUACUUGAUGUACUUUUACUGCAGAAUCGUUCACAUUCUGCACAGUGAUUAAAUUUGUGUGUAUUAUUUCAGUCAGGGAAAUUGUUAUCGAGUCUUAAAGAAUUUUCUUAUGAUUUUUGUAUUUGUUAAUAGCAUAAAUAUUUGAUAGCAGGUAUGGCAGCUAUUGAUUGCUGUGGGCAGUACUCGCUCUGCUAUUGCUGUCGUUGAAGAGAGAACCAUUGUGCCACUGCACUCCAUAACUUUGCCUUCACAAACCUGGCAGUCAGCAAUUCUCUAUUCCAAUAAGAAUUGUUCUGAAGCCAUCAUCUGGCUGAUUGAAAGAGGACUAACACAGCUGCCACGGAUAAUGAGCACAGCCAAAAAAAAAAAAAAAAAUCUGUACUGGCUUGGAGGUUGUUGUACACCAAGUAAAACAUUUUUACAGAGUGAUGGUGGGAUGCUUCACCAAAACAGGGCACUUAGAAAAGCCCUAAGGAACGGCCAAAAUAGUCUUUAUUAGACUUUUUAAUUAUUUUAAUUUGUUAGCAAAUUGGAGAUUCAUUAACACCUAGUUACAUAGGUGUCGUUUACACAUAACCCAAACUGUAUAUGUUUGGGUUUUAUUCAAAGAGUUUGCAUUGAAAAUUGAGCGAAGAAGCACUUUAAUUUAGCUCCUUUCUGCUAGUAAGUUGCAUCAUUUUAUCUACGUUAGUUUAUAUCAAAUAUGCUAGUAUUAUUCAGUUGGUACCAAAAAAUGUGCACUGAUGAGGCUGUUUUUUUGUUGGAAUAUACUAGUUAUUAAAAAUCCAUAUUUACUUUGCCUUUAAUAUGUAAACUAAAAAUUGCAAAACAAGCUUUCUAGAAAAAGCUGUAGAUUGAUAGGGAAGCCAAUUUUGUUUGGUUUUAUGGUGGUCACAUCCGGGUUCAGGUUUUAGAGCUGAAGGUGGAAACCAGUGUUGAAAACUGGUAUUGGGUUAAUUUUGCCUGUCUUUCAGUUUCUUAGGAAGAAGGAAAAUUAUGCUACUUGUAUUUAUAUUUUUGUAUACUUGCUUAGGUAGAGGCUGAAAGGCAGUUGACAAGAAAGUACUUGUGUGAAAGGAUGGAAAUGUGCAAGAAGCAUUGCAGAAGAGAGGCAGAAGGUAGGAUCUGAGGGAAGAACAGUAAUGUAAAUUGAAGGAAGUAGAGAAGGGGCAAAAGCAGUGGGAAGGAAAUAGGUAAAGGAGAAGGUGUGCAGGGAAUUGGUGUGCAGGGAGGUGUGAACUGGGAUUGAGAAGGUUGAAAGAAGGGAAGGAGAAAGUAGGUAGAGGAAUUUGGGUAUUUUUGUUUGAUUGGUAUUUGUUUGUUUGUUUCCCCCAUCUCCACUGAAGAUGAGGUCAUUUUGGUGAAAAAAGGGAGUGUGAGAUCUGUGCAGCUCCAGAAUCUUUGGCCAUCUUUUUUUUUCCUUUUUUCCCAAUAGUUUUGGUUGUUCUGAUAAACUGUACCUCCCUGCAGGCAGCUGGAUGAUAGAAGUUUCAGAUGGAUCAUCAGCCAGCCUGAUAUUUUUAUGAACUCUAUUUUAAAUUGAGUGCUGUGGCAGUUUAACACGAGUUGAGGACCAGCUCUAUUGCUGCUACCAUGUUUUUUCUCCCCCUUAGCAAAUUUGAGUGGCUCUUUGCACCCCACGUAAGACUGAACCCACCCUUUCCUGUUCCCAGGCUUGGAGGUGUGAUGUUUUUUAGUGAUUGUGUUAUCACUUUGUCAAACUGGGGUUAUCUCAGUAGUUCUCUCCACCAACCCAUACCCCAGAUUAAGCAUUAGAAAAUGCAUUAAACAAACAAGGAGUCGUCAUAGGACAUUGAGCUGUUGUACGUCUGUUGUUUUUUGUUUGUUUUCUUUUCCUUCCAAAUUAAUUCUCUUUGAUCAUUUGAGCUUUGAGACAUUUUUCAGUGAAGUCAACACAUUGCAGCAUGACCUGGUUUGUUGGCAGCCACUCCUGUCCUGUUUCAGCAUCAGCACGGCUGAGCACAGAGUGCUGGGUUUGGAUUAUGCAGCAACAUUAACUGUGGAACAGUGUUCCUACCAUUUUUUUGUUUGUUUUCUUGUUUUCAACACACUUCUACAAUGCUAAAUGAUCUUUUAAGUAGGCUAAAGUUUUUUUUUUUUUUUUUAAUUUAGGUCAUUUGUUGUGUGUUUCAGUGUUUUGGAAAUCUGGUCUUGUAUUCAUUUCUGUGAAGCACUUGAUGAUAUGUCCUUGAAAUUACUCUGAGCUGCGUGUAUUAUUCGCAGAGCUUUCAGAGUUCCAGAACUCUUCAUGCCUUCUGAAAUCCUGGCCUGAAUCCCUUUUUCUGUUGAGGUAACCGGACGCAGGUUGCUGGACUUAAAAUUCUUUUGCACUGUGAACCAAUAUCACAGGGACUGGUUGAAGCAUCUGUUAGGCUUCCAUGUAGUAUGUUGUAUUUUAGCAGACUGAGAAGAACAAGCUGCUUCUUCAGUGGAGCAGUUCCAAUGUUUAAACCUUGGUUUUCAUAAAUUAUGUGGUCUAGUUAAAUGUUUUACAUGCUCUCCUUGACAUUGUGUGAUUGAAUGGAACGGGCUCUAUACUUGUUGUCAUAUUUAUACUUCACUUUUUUUGUGAUGUUUUUUUGUAAUUGUGACAAUUAUACUUGUUGUAAUUUGAGCUUAA